GGCAGCCGGCGCCGCGGCGUUUCAAAGCCGACAGCUUCGGGCAGCGUUUGCUUUGGGCUCCACGCACGCCACACUGAUGCAAGAAGGGCAGCCCACGAUGCCCCGCAAUCGAUAAAAACAAUUGAUCUGCAAUUAUGAUGCUGGGACUGCUCCUCUGCAUCCACCUCUGCACGGCCAAAAAGGGCAGCAGCAUCGACAAGUUCCUGCGCCGGCAGCAGCAGCAUCGCAGCCGACGGAUGCCGGCGCCGACGCGCGCGCCGACGCCCGUGGGACCUACUCAAGUGCCGACGACUGCAGCUCCGGCCGCGGCGCCCGAUCGACGGGGCGCGGUGCGGGCGCGCGGCGGCAUGCUGGCACAGCGCGUCACUACCACUCCCGAUCGACGACAAGCGGUGCGGUUACGCGCCGGCGUGCUAGCAAAGCGCGCCGCCGCCGCGCCGUUGCCCGUGCUCAGCGCCACGAAAUGCGUCGUGGCGCUGCUCGUCGUGUCGGAGACGGAUCUGAUGGCGGUCGUGGAUCGCCGGCUCCAGCAGACUGAGGCAGUAAAAACAGGCCGCGCGGCCGUCAUCUUCGUCGCCGACCGGCACGACCACGCCCUCAACAAGAAGCGCCUCGACACGACGCGCCUGCGCUACGUCGAGAACGCGGACAUGGCGGCCGUCGCCGGCACGGACGUGUCCGAGUACGCGACCGAGGCAUCGAGCUGUGUGGAAAUCAAUCGGCAAGUCGGGGGCAGAUAUACGCCUCCAGAAACGUUUCUCUGUGACGAUGCCGCGGUGCUGACUGAAUCGAGCGGUGAGAGACCCGUCCUCGCGCAGACGUCGCGUCGAUGGCGUGGAGGUCAUGAUUCAGCACGAAGGCGGGCGAUAUUUUAUUUGAUUUGUGCACAGGCGCCGCGGCUACGAUCCAUUGCGGACUGCGGCGACAUCCGCAUCCGGUCCCAGCGCUGCGCGCAGAUGAUGCCGCGCAAGUACUGGCGGGACCUCGUGACGGCGGCGUUCUGGGUCGCGCUGCGGUCGGCGCCGCGGGCCGAGUACGUCCUGCGCGUCGAGCCCGACGCGAUGUUGUGUCUUGACUCGUUGGUGACGGCCCUCGCGGCGGUGCCCGCAUCAGCGAAGCCCUUCGUCCUGGGCCUGCGGCGGUACUGCCACUACGACGACACGUUCAGCCUCGUGUCGCGGCCCCUCGCCGACGCCGUCGUCUUCGAGUGGCCGCACCUCCGCGACUUUGCGCGGCUGACGACGAAGUACACGAUGUACGGCAUGGUCUGGCCCGCGCUCGUGCACUGGCUGAAGCGCGUCCGCGGCUUCGAGGCGGAGCUGCUGGCCUCGAACCCCGACCUGAAGACGUUGAUCGAGUCGGAGCAAGUAGCAGUGCAUAAAUCAAAUUCCGCGGCGCUUCGCUGCACGCCAUCGACGCGACACCUCUCUGACCGCGCAACUUUGCGAAGAUUAUCGGGUACGCCCGACUCACUGGUUGAUUUGUGCAGGAAAUUAGAGCGGUACGUGCAAAUCGUCGACCCCAUCGACCACCGGUCCGGCCGGGCGAAAACGUCGGCGCUCGCCUACAAAGUGACCUACGAGCGCGAGGCGCAGGCCGGGUUCGCGAAGCAGGGCGUGCGCCGCGACGAGGAGACGCGCGAGUGGAUCCUGUACUACACGGACCGGUUCGGCCGCAACAUCACGCGAAAGAAUCUCCGCGGGCACUUCGCGCGGCUCGAGGCGCUGCGCGCGGCGCAGCCGCGGACGGCGCCCGCCGAGCGGUGCCUCGCGCGCUGGUCCGUGCAUAAAUCAACCAGUGAGUCGGAUGCACGAGAACGCGGCCGUGCUGGCUCCGUCGAGCGGUGAGGAACCAGCACCUCCACACGCCGUCGAGCAGGCGUCGCGUCGAUGGCGUGGAGGCCAUGAUCCAGCGGUUGCGGAGACGCGGCCGAGGAUUUGAUUUAUGCACAGGCGCUGGUACCUGCACCAGUACAAGCUCGCGUCGGACAUGGACGCGCACUGGCCCGAGUUCACGUCCAUGGACGGCAAGCGGCCCGCCGCGGAGUGGGCGCCGUACUGGGACGCGGCGCUCCGGUUCCCGUUGGGCGGCUGCUUCGACGGACGGUUCGGGCUGCCGCCGGGGUCGGGCGCGUAUUUGAACGAGAGCGCGAUGGGGUUUCCCGCGCGUGUCGGGACGACGCGGCGGUUUCCGGACACGGCGGCGACGAGUGCAAAGGGGGCGCUUGAGGCUUUUGAGGAGACGAUUGACUAGAGUUGGGGGGCUAGUUCUGUUAGUCAGGCGUUCGUCGAUGGGGUUAUAAUAUCAGGAC